AUGGCACUCGUUGUCACGCCGACUCACUGGACAUCUGUAUCAAUGGAGAGUGUAAAGCAUGUGGGCUGCGACAACAUCCUCAGCUCGGACGCCAAAGAGGACCGGUGUCGUGUGUGUGGGGGCGACGGCAGCACGUCAUUAAAAUCCGAAGGCGAUGACUAUUACAUCAAUGGGGCCUGGACCAUCGAUUGGCCAAGAAAGUUUGAUAUCGCUGGAACGGCUUUCUACUACAAGCGGCCUUCGGAUGAUCCUGAAUCUUUGGAAGCUCUUGGACCCACCACGGACAAUCUGUUUGUUAUGGUCCUUCUCCAAGAACAGAACCUCGGGAUACAUUACAAGUUUAACGUGCCAAUUCAGCGAACUGGGAGUGGGGACAAUGAUGUGGGCUUCUCAUGGCACCACCUGCCCUGGUCUGAAUGUUCUGCCACCUGUGCAGGAGGCUCGCAGAAGCAGGAGGUGGUGUGCAAGAGGCUGGACGAUAAUUCAGUGGUUCAGAACAGCUACUGUGACUCAGACGGCAGACCUCCAGAAAAUCAGCAGCCCUGCAACACGGAGCCCUGUCCCCCAGAGUGGUUCAUAGGUGACUGGUCUGACUGUGCAAAGACGUGUGACGGAGGGUUUCGCACCAGGACCGUGGUGUGCAUCAGGAAGAUGGGUCCAGCGGAGGAGGAGACACUGGCGGACAUCCACUGUCUGACUCAUCGACCAAUUGAACGGGAGACUUGCAACAACCAGUCUUGCCCUCCAAAGUGGGUCACUUUAGACUGGUCUGAGUGCACACCCAAAUGUGGCCCCGGAUACAAACAUCGCAUUGUUUUAUGCAAAAGCAGUGACCUGACAAAGACCUUUCCACCUGGGCUCUGUCCAAGUCACAACAAGCCUCCAGUCCGAAUUCGCUGCAGCCUCGGUCGCUGUCCUCCUCCUCGCUGGAUUCCUGGAGAAUGGGGACAAUGCUCCGCUCACUGUGGCCUGGGCCAACAGAUGAGGACAGUGCAGUGUCUGUCCUACACUGGGCAGCCCUCAAGUGAUUGUUUAGAGUCUCACCGACCAGCAAUCAUGCAGCAGUGUGAGAGCAAGUGUGAUGCCACGCCCAUCUCCAACGGCGACGAAUGCAAAGAUGUGAACAAGGUAGCCUACUGCCCACUUGUUCUGAAGUUCAAGUUCUGCAGCCGGGCUUAUUUUAGACAAAUGUGCUGCAAGACAUGCCAGGGCCAUUGA